GGAGUUGCGGCUUCUUCGUAGUAUGGAACAUGAAAAUGUUAUUGAUAUGUUAGACGUAUUUACGCCGGAUGCAUGCUGCGAGCAACUGACUGAUGUGUAUUUUGUUUCAAUGCUAAUGGGUGCCGACCUUUCAAAUAUUCUCAAAAUUCAACGCCUAAACGAUGAGCACAUUCAGUUCUUGGUUUAUCAAAUACUGCGUGGACUGAAGGUGGCGAAUCUUAUUUAUGUGUCCAUCGCGUUUCAGUGCAGUACUAUUAUCAACUAUAUCCACUCAGCUGGUAUCAUUCAUCGUGACCUCAAACCAUCUAACAUUGCCGUUAAUGAAGAUUGCGAGUUGAAGGGUGCCGUGGAUUUUGGUCCAGAAGUACAUUUCAAUAAAUACUUGACUUUGGCCUCGCUCGACAAACGGACAACGAAAUGA